AUGAAUUUUAAUUUAAUUGAAGAUUAUUAUUGUAAAUCAAAGGAAAUGAAUAAUGAUUGGAAAGAAACAUUUAAAUUAUUAUUGUGGAAAGAAGAUAAUUGGAGAAAUUAUAAUCAAUUGUAUCCAUUCCCAUCAAAACUACUUAUCAAUUUAUUAUUUUAUAUUUCAAGAUUAUAUAAAAUUGAUACUAUUAAUGUUCAUUAUGCCAUUUGUUUAAUUCAAAGAUAUUUAGGAUUAAGAGAGAUAAAUAAACCAAGUCAAAAACAAAACAACAUUGGUGGAACAAAAAAGAAUGAAAACUUUGAUGUUCAAAUGUCAAUAUGUGCACUUAAUCUCUCAUGCAAGAUGAAUGAUUCUCAAUGGGAACACAAUGAAUCAAUUAAAAAAAUACUUGCAAAUUAUUUUUCACCAAAAUCUUAUUUGGAAAUGGAAUUGGAAUUUUUAGAUGUUAUUAGAUUAUAUUUAAAAAUACCAUUGGUUGAUGAAUUUGUUUGGUUGAUUAUGGAUCAUUUCUUUCCAAAGAAUGAUAGUCUUCGAAAGAUUGCUCAACACAUUAUAGAUUCCAUUUAUACCCUACCUAUUCUAUUGGAGAAAUCUUUCACCUUGUUGGCAUUAUCUACCAUUUGUAUUGCCUAUUCAAUUUUCAUCAAAUCCAAUACUUCUCAACUUAUAAGAUGGGCAUCAUUAGUAUCAAACUAUGAAUAUGAAGAGUUAUCAAAGGUUGUUGAAGAAUUAUCAAAUGUAUAUUUUGCCGAAAGACAAUUCUAUAAAGGUGCCGACUAUCAUCAAAUCUGUCAUGGUCUUUUAUUAAAGGAAGAACAAGCAGCAGCCCCAAAGGUAUUUGCUAUUCAUGAACAAAUCUUUGCCAACCAAAACGAAAAUAAAAAGCAUGUGCAUCCACUUGCUCCAACUCAAAAAUACUUGGAUUCACUCAAUGAAGGUUCUGCUGCUGCUCCAAUUAAAACUCAAACUCAACCACAAUUCAGAACUUGUGGAUCAUGUAGAACCGAAGCAAAGAAUCUUGCUGCCAACUUUUGUGCUUCAUGUGGAACCAAGUUAAAAUAA